AUGGGUUGGUUCGAUAAUGACAGUCUAGUCGAGGAGCAGUUCAAUGACUACAACAAACACUCUAAGAACCCGGAGCAUCACGCCAAACUUUCGCAUGAAAUAAUCGGCGGCGCCGCAGCCUACGAAGCUGCCAAGGCAUAUGAGGACCAUGUUGCUAAGAAUGGCAAGCCAGAUAGCCAUGCCAAGGCCAAGGAAUUCAUUGUCGGAGCCGUUGGCGUUUUCGUCGAACGAGAGUUUGAGACCAGGGGUCUGGACUUCUUUGACAAGGAGGAGGCCAAGCGCCGAGGUGAAGAUCGAGCAAAAACGGAGCUUGAGCAGCAAUACUAG